UGAGGUGACGUUGUCGGAGGGCGCCAGGCGGGAGUGCAGAGCGGGACGCAGACCAUCAGCAGCCGCCGGCACCGCCGCCAUGGCCGGGAUCCUCUUCGAGGACAUUUUCGACGUAAAGGACAUCGACCCCGAGGGCAAGAAGUUCGACCGCGUGUCCCGCCUGCACUGUGAGAGUGAAUCCUUCAAGAUGGACCUUAUUCUGGACGUGAACAUCCAGAUCUACCCGGUGGACCUCGGGGACAAAUUCCGCCUGGUCAUCGCCAGCACCUUGUAUGAAGAUGGCACCCUGGACGAUGGCGAGUAUAACCCCACAGACGACAGGCCCUCCAGGGCAGACCAGUUUGAGUACGUGAUGUACGGCAAGGUGUACCGGAUCGAGGGGGACGAGACCUCCACGGAGGCAGCCACGCGCCUCUCUGCCUACGUGUCCUACGGGGGGCUGCUCAUGCGGCUGCAGGGAGACGCAAACAACCUGCACGGGUUUGAAGUGGACUCUCGGGUUUACCUGCUGAUGAAGAAGCUGGCCUUCUAGGAGACCUCCUGCCUCCCUGGGCUGCCCCAGAGAUGUUCUGUUGGCGAGCAGACAGCCUUGUGACCCCAAAUCCUGCCCCAGCAGCCUUACUGCUUUGCCCCACCGCAGCUGGGGAAGAAGGGGCAGUCUCUGUUUUUACCCUGGCCUCUUCUGGCUUUUGCUGGGAUCUACAGCUGCUUCUGGCAUUGGAGGGAGGUGCCUGGUGGCCCAAUGGAGACCAUGCUGGGCAUCUCCUCCCAGCUCUUCCUUCAAAAGUACAUGCAGACCUGGCACUGCACUGGAACAGCUGGACUGAAACAGCUGCCAGUCUGCCUCAGGGCUGGACACCACUGCCUGAGCUCACCUGUGGCUGACCGGGGUCCUCUUUGAUUAAACUGGGAUGUUGUUUUCUAGG